AAAAGUUCGUUAAUAUUUAAAAUGUUAUAGACGUUUUUUGUGAGGUGCAGUGUUUGUUGAAAAACUAUUCGUUUUAAGUGUAAAUAAUCAAUGACAAUUUAUAAAAAUGUUUUUCCAAUUUUCUCCGGUGAAAAAAGCCCCACCAAAAAAACCUAUUGAACAGAAAAAUGAAUCUGAAGAAGUCGCAGUUUUAUCUUUGGCCCCAUUUUCAGCAAAGCCCAAGUUAUUUUUUGAAGAUGUUAAAUGUGGUGUAACUUCAUCGCGGAAGUUAUUAAUAAAAAACCCCACUCAUCAAGAUGUUAAUGUAAACUUAAAGAAAAACUUUCCAGAAGAACUUGUUGUGACAUUUAACUGGGAAGAAUGUUUGAUAGAAAAAUUAAGUGAAGCCUUAUUGGAAAUUAAGUGGUGCCCAAAUUUUGAAUUUGCUUCUAGGCUCAUGAUCACAAUUGAAGAUGGAAAAAAAAUUAAAGUUGAUAUCCCUGUUGUUUUUAAGUCUAUUUCUCCUAAGAAAAAAACGGGAACCAAACCAAAACAAUUUCUUGCAUCUAAAAAAGCCAAAUCACCUAUGAAAAAAGUAAUAUCAACCAAAGUAAAAUCACCUCAAAAGAAGAGUUCUCCUAGAUGUAGACCACCCUUAAUGAUGAGCAAUAGUCAAACUAAAACACCUCCGCAAAUGCAAAGAAGUAUACCGGGCAUUGUAAUUACAACAUCGCCUAAUAGAAGAGAAACGUUCUGUAUUAAAGGCAAAGAAAAUAGAUAUAUCUCCCCUAAUAAAGCUCCAUAUUUAUUGGCACAUAAAGAUGAUACUAGACGGCAAACAUAUACUUUAAAUAAUAUUAUAAUAAAACCUCCCAAAAGCCCAGAAAUUUUCAAUGAUAGUUUGGAAUCAAUUUCACCAGAUCCACCAGUUUACAAAGUAGGAAAUAGAAGGAUACUUAGCCCGCUAGUGGAAAAUAACUAUACUACUAAUUUCAGUUACAAAUUAGAUUACAUGAGCUUUAAGUUUUCACCAACAAAAACACCAAAUAAAUCCAAUAUAACCAUGUCAAACUCGGUUAGUAAUUUUGCUGAUAAAAUAAACCGAUUAGAUCUUUGUUCGUCAGAAAACAUAACAUUCGAUUUUCAAUCGCCAAACAGUACAAGAAUAGAGGACAAAAUCCAAAACCUUAUGUUCAGCCCAAGCGAAUCCAUCAUAGCAAAGCUGAACAGUAGCACUAGCACUUGCGUUAAAGGCCACACAAGCUUUGAAACCUACGUAAAAGGCAACGUAAGUGGAGGCACCUACGUAAAAGACACAUCUGUAGGAGACGUCGCAGCUUUGUCGGAGUCCAUAAACGAUCACAAUAACACCAAUAAUGCCCAUUAUGAUUCUCAUAAUAUUCACCAAAGCCUAAGCUUUUCAAACAAGAGUAGGUUACAAAGCCUGCAUGGAGAAGGUUGCAAAAGCGUUAUAGGGGCAAAUAUGUGGAGUGAGAAAAAAUCCAACUCUGUGAAGUCCUAUGAAGAUUUGCAAGAACGAAAAAAACAAAAUACUACAUUACAUGACUUUAAACUGCCCCAAAAUCCUCACAGACUCUCGUUAAAAAGAAAAAUCGACACUUAUGCAUUUUCACCUCCUAAAAAAGCUCUUUUGGAAAGACAACCCAGGAUGUCUCUAAAUUGGUCAAAAUCUUCUGGAGCUGCACUAAGAAUAUCAAAAUCAGUUUCAGCACUAAAUUUAAAUAAAACUAAUAAUGGUAAACAACUUACAUCGAAAGAGACUAAAACCUGCAUUAUUAAUAACCCGUUUUUGCUAGCUGCUACUAAUAAGAUCGACCCUUUUAUGACUUCACAGGUUUAUUCUGAUGAAGAUUGGAUUGCCAAACAGAUAAAUCACUUUAUGAAAUGGCUUAAUGCUCUUUUAACACCUCCAGCUGAAUUUGAAACAAAAUCUGAUGUUAAAAUAGACGUGGCAAAAGUUUGGCAAGAUAUUAAAAAUCGCGAUGUAGCAGUAGUUCCUACAAAAGAAUAUUUAUCAAAUAAAUACCACACGUCCGUUAAACUGACCUCUCUAAGAAAAAACGCACAAAUUUUGUAUAGGAGUUUGGAAAUUGCAACUGUUUUAUCAAAAUUAGUUAUCAGUAUUGAUGGUGGAAAGCUUAACAUAAGAACAGAUAAGGAAUUUUACCUAGAUUUAAAUAUUAAAUCAGAGCUUAUGUCUCUUCUGUUAAGUUAUAAUGCUCUGUGGCUAAGAAUAGGGCUGGAAACGGUUUACAACGAAGAAAUUCCUUUACAUUCUAACUCUGACAUAACAGGCCUAAGCAGUUUCUUAGCAGAAAGAUUUUUCAAAGAGCCUAAAUUGGUAAAGAAAUAUAAAUCAUUAAUAGAUCCAAAAUACAAAGAACCAUUUAAAAAAAUAUUUUUGAAAAGGUUUUUAUCGUUGAUUUACUUCUUGGAUCAAGCAAAAAAUAAAAAAAUAAUAGCACACGAUCCCUGUUUGUUUCGCAAAAAUGCACCUGUUAAAGAAAGCAGAGAAAUUCUAAUAAGGUUUGCAAAAGAAACGCUUUCUGGUGUAGGUGAUAUAACCAAGUUUUUAAAAUAUUUUGGAUAUUUUGUCACUCACAAACAAACCUUCAUCAACGAAUUUGAUUACGCGGUAACAAAUUUAGGAGUCGACUUGAGAGACGGAGUGCGUCUUACCAAAGUAAUGGAGAUUAUCUUGCUUAAGAAUGGCCUAACGAGUUUACUAAGAGUGCCGGCAAUAUCAAGACUACAAAAAAUACAUAACGUUAAAAUAGUUUUCGACUCUCUUGAAGCGGAAGGUUUUAAGAUACUAUACGAUAUAGAACCAAAGGACAUCGUAGACGGUCAUAAAGAAAAAUCAUUGUCAUUUUUGUGGCAAAUCAUCUACAAAUUUGAAGCCCCACUAAUGGUUAAAAGUUCCACAACUAUACAAAAAUGGUACAGAAGUCUUCCAGUCGUUCUAAAAAGAAGAAAACUCGAUAGAAUACGUCAAUCUAAAAUUGAAGCCGCCACUAAAAUACAAAAAUGGUACAAAAGACAAAUACUAUCAGAAAAAUUAUUCUUUUUUGCUGUUAUGUUGCAUUAUCACUUGGAUAGUUUAAGAAAACAAAACGCUGCCACAAAAAUACAAGCAUGCUUUAGAAUGCAUUUGUGUCGUAAAGACUUUUUGUGUAAAAUAUCAAUAAUCAUAAAUAUACAACGUUAUGCCAAAGGUUGGUUAAUAAGAAACAUACGAAGGCAUGGUAUUGUUGCCGCUGUGAAAUUGCAAAGCUUCACCAGAAGCUUUUUACAAAGAAGAAAGUUCCUAAGGUUAAAACAUGCUACUAGAGUUAUUCAGAUUCAAUACAGAGCCAUGAAAAAAAUGAGAGAGCAAAGAAAUUAUUACCACGCAUUAAAAAAAAGUGCCAUAGUAGUGCAAACAAGAUUCAGAGCCAACAUUAUCGCUAAAAAAGAACGUGAACAAUAUGUCAAACUUAAGAAUGCUUCAGUGGAAUUACAAAGAAAAUACAGGGCCUUGGUUCGGAUGAGAAUAGAUAAGAACAACUAUGAAAAAUUGAAGAAAGCUGCUAUUGUUCUUCAAACUCGUUACAAAGCCAAUCAAUUAUGUAUUUCCCAAAGAAAAUCCUAUAAUGAUUUAAAAAAUAAAACCAUUUAUAUUCAAAGGUUAUACAGGGCUAAUAAGUUGAUGACCAAAAUCAGAAAUGAGUUUAUCACUUUAAGAAAAGCUUCAAUACAAAUUCAAACAUGGUAUAGAUCAAUCCAAAUAAUGAGACAGCAUAAGGAAAGAUAUCAAACGAUAAAGAAAGCAGCUACUGUUCUUCAAUGUCUAUACAGAGCCAAACAAUUGUGUAUAUCUCACAGAACAUUAUAUAUUAGAUUAAAAGAUAGAACAAUUUUUAUUCAGAGGUUAUACAGGGCUAAUAAGUUAAUGGCUAAAUGUAGAAGUGAGUUUAUAACUUUAAGGAAUGCUUCAAUUAAAAUCCAAACUUGGUACAGAUCAAUUUUAAUUAUGAGACAAUGUAAGGAAGUAUACCUAACAUUAAAGAAGGCAGUAAAAACAGUUGAAGAAAGGUACAUAGCGAAAAAGAAAAUGGAAACUGAGCAGGAAAUAUUUAGAACAACUAUUAAAGCUGUGGUAACUAUACAACAAAAGUUAAGAGCCACAUUGCAAAUGAGGAUAUGUAAAAAACAUUAUUUCGAUUUGAAAAAUGCUGCAAAAACAGUACAAACUAGAUUAAGAGCCGAUAAAUUGGCUAAGAUUCAAAGAAACAGAUAUCUGGAACUUAAAAAGGCUACAAAAUUAUUACAACAGAGAUAUAGAGCAAAUUGUUUAAUGAAAUUUCAUAGAAGAGAGUAUUUACUUCAAAAGACUGCCAUUGUUAAAAUUCAAACUUGGUAUAGAUCCAUUCAAGCAAUGAGACAAUGUAAGCAAAAAUUCCAAACCUUAAAAAAGGCAGUAAGGAUAGUUGAAGAAAGGUAUAUAGCAAAAAAGAGAAUGGAAACUCAACAAGAAAUAUUUAGAAAAACUAUUAAAGCUGUUGUUACCAUCCAACAAAAAUUAAGAGCAACAAUGCAAAUGAGGAUAUGCAAAAAACAAUAUUUGCAAAUGAAAAAUGCUGCCAUAACUUUACAAACUAGGUUCCAAGCCAAUAAAUCAGCCAAGAUUCAAAGAAACAGUUAUUUGGAACUUAAAAAGGCAACAGUAUUAUUACAAAGUAGAUAUAGAGCAAACUGCUUAAUGAAUAUGCAAAGGAGAAAGUAUUUAUUACAAAAGACUGCAAUUAUCAAAAUCCAAAUUUGGUAUAAAUCUAUUCUUAUCAUGAGAAAACAAAGAGAUUAUUACAGAAAACUCAAACAUUCAGUAAAAAUUGUUGAAGAAACUUAUUUAGCCAAAAAGAGCAUGAUAAAGGCGAAAAAUGAAUAUUCCGCUCUUAAAAAAACCACUGUAUUAAUACAACAAAUAUUUAGGGCAAAUAUAGCUAUGAAAAAGGCUUUAUCUGAAUACAAAGCAAUUCAAAAGGCCACAAUUAAAAUACAGCAAAAGUUUAAAGCAAGACAAAUAAUGAUACUAGAAAAAAAUCGCUAUGAAACACUUAAAAAAGCGACAAUAAUUAUUCAAACACGAUAUAGAGCACAAUUAUUAAUGAGAUAUAAAAGGCAAAAAUAUGAUACCUUAAAAAAAUCUGUUGUAUUCGUUCAAAGCAGAUUCAAUGCUAACAAAGCAAUGUCAAUUCAAAGAAAUAAUUACCUAAAACUAAAGGAUGCUAUUUUAGUAUUUCAAAGAAAAUAUAGAGCCAAAAAAGCCAUGCAAGUGCAGAAGAAAAAUUACGAAAAUAUUAGAAAAAGUAUUAUUUUUGUACAACGAAAAUAUAGAGCGAAUAAAGUAGCCAAAAUGCAACGUUACAACUACCUGGUUUUAAGGAAAUCUGCAAUUGUAAUUCAAACUUACUUCAGAGCUAAAAAAGCAAUGGAAAAUGAAAGAAAUUCAUACAUGCUUCUAAAACAAAAUGUGACAAAUGUGCAAAUUAGAUAUCGUGCUAUCUUAAAAAUGAGAAUCGACAGAGAAAGUUACGUAACUCUAAGAAAGUCUUGCGUUAUAAUUCAGCAACAAUUUAGGGCUAAAGUAGCAAUGACAUUAGCAAUAAAUGAAUAUCAAAAGACUAGAAAUGCCGCUGUUGCUGUUCAAAGGCAAUUCAGAGCUCAAAUAGCUAUGAAGGUGGCAAGAAGUGAUUUUGUGUUGUUAAAGAAUUCCUGCAUUCUAGUUCAGCGCAGGCUCAGAGCCCAAAAAUUGAUGAUAAAAGAAAGAACAGCUUAUCUGGAGCUCAGAAAAUACGUUAACGUAGUUCAACAGCGAUUCAGAGCGAAUAGAUUGAUGAAAGAAGAAUUGCGGAGAUACCAAAAUGUACGAAAAGCGGUUUUGCACCUGCAAAACAAAUUUAGAGCUACAAUUUUAAUGAGGAAAGAAAGAAAUCGAUUUUAUAGGGUGCGUGAAGCGAUCUUAAUUAUACAGAAUUUUUAUUAUGGGUAUAAAAAAAUGCAAUGUGAGAGAAAAAUAUUUAUAGAGAAACGUCUGGCAAGUAUACAAUUACAAAAAUGCGUGAGAGGUUUUUUGGUGAGGAAGAAGUAUGCUAAAUACUUAACACCUGAAGCUAAAGAGGAAAGGAGGCUAAUCAGGGUACAAAAUGCAGCUGCAUCGAAAAUUCAGGCCACUUGGAAAGGAUAUAGGCAAAGAUCUAUUGAAAUUGACCCUGAAAUGGCAAAGAUUCGUAAACGUGUCGAGAAUGCAAAUAAAAAUGCAACUCCUAGAAACACAUUGGCCCAAAGAUGUGAUCAGGCUGUGGAUAUACUUAUCUUAGAUCAUACAUCUUUACUGCAAAUUAUCAGGGCUUUGGAAGAUAUAGAUUUUAUCACAAGGAGAUGUAAGGAUACUUGCUUAAAAAUGAGCAAAAUCUUACCCGAUCAACUCUAUUUAAUGAUAAGUUAUACCGCGCGGUCUUUACCAGAGAUGACAGCUUGUACUUUGGCAUGCUCAAUUCUUAUUAAUUUUUACAAAUACGAGCCUACCACUGAAAAAAGCUUUGUUGGAGAUUAUAUGGACAACAUGGUAACGGUAAUGUUAAAUUGGUGCGACAAAGAAGCUCCUUUAUUUCCAGCCAUCUGCACCCUUUUAUGGCUCUUCUCACACAAGCCAGAAUACAAAGCAGUGAUUUUAAAAGUGCCACAUUUGCAACAACGAUUGUUGAAAGUCCAAACUUUGACCUACCGCAAAGAAAAAAUGGUUGGAAAAACUGGUGUGAAGGGCAGUUCAUUGUUUGCUCACCAAGGUAAUUUACCUUUGCCCUCCACCACACCAGAUUGGGGCCUGGAGUACAAGCACAAACCGAACGUCUUUAAGAAUUCGGUUCAUGCCUUGAAAAGUUUGCUGAGCAUAUUGGAUAUGCGUGCAAAUUCUUGAUUUUAGUUAAUGUUUUAUUUAUGUAUUUAUAAAGAAUUUACUAUUGUAUAUAAUUUUUAUACUAAUAAACUGUUUUUAACUUUUAA